AUGGACUCCAUGAAGCGCCGUCUCGGAAGAAAGACCAACACCGCAACUUUCAAGGCCUUUCCUCCAGAAACCCUAGCAGCCCGCGUGUCCCACCGCCUCAACACCGCCUUGGCCUCCUUCGCAAAGACCGUCCCCGAUCUCCCCGACCGCACCCCACUCUCAACGGAAAGCUACCAGGUCUCGCGUGACAAGUAUGUCCGCUGGACGCGGCUGCAGAACGGCGAGUACGCCGCCGACUGGAACGGGGGCAACGUUCCCACGGAGGAAGACGUCCACCGCAUGCUGUCUUGGUACAACUUCUAUGGCGUCUACCCCUUCCCCACCAUCGAGUACGUGUCUCUAAUGAGCCGGGGGCGGACAAACUACCUUUUCCUCGUCGAGUUCGUGCCGAACGCGAAGCCCGGAAAGCUACCGCAAAAGGUUGUGCUCAAGUUCAGCCUGCCCGUGUGCCCGCACGACAAGCUCGAAAGCGAGGUCGCAACCAUGGUAUGGGCGGCGACGGUGUCACCCAAGUUGAUUCCCAGAAUAUUGGUGUUUGAUUCGUACCCCCGGAACCCGUUGGGCCUGGAGUGGAUGAUGUUCGAGCCCGUGUUCGGCUUUCCCUUCCAGGAGUACACGCUCCAGGGGUCUACGGACACGGGGUUGGAGGGGUUUUCGUUCCCCAAGGAGACACCCCCACAGAGCGACAAGGACCUUUUAAAUAUCGGCAAGGAGCUUCGUGACUUCAUGGCCAAGAUCAAGGUGACCGCCUCUGGCGUACCGAAGGACAACACCUUGAUCGGCAGCCUGCGGAUCAAUUGGAAAACGAAAAGGUUCUAUACUGGCCCUAUUGUAUCUCCUCACUUUUAUAGCGCUGACAGACUGUGGCGUAAGACUCUUUACGGGCCAUACUCGUCGGUGCAAGGCUAUCUUGGUGAUUACAUCUCCAUUUGGAAAGACGAGUACACAAACGACCAAUGGGUUCAGAAACGUUUAGCCAGUCUUGAUAUUGUUGUUGAGAGAAUGGCAAAGCGUCUCGCGAUGUUGCCCAACGUCAAGUGGCAUCUGCCAACCGAAGGUGGACGGAUGAAUGGGUGGCCGGUGACGAUAUCUCACCCAGAUCCGCGACCUGAUAACAUUCUUGUUGGCGAAGACGGUGAGCUGAUCGCCAUUAUGGGAUGGGAAAAUGCGACGCUCAUGCCGAUACCAUUACGAACUGACCUUGCAAAGUUAGACUGGUUCUUCCAGCGGUUUGGAUGUGAAUGUGUCAUCGAUCCCAUGCAGAUUGACUUGGGUUGUGCAUUGCCACCCAGAGCGGAGCUUAUUGAUAGGGCUCGGUCUCGUGCUUGGCCAGGCAGGGACGCAUCCAUUAUCCUAGAGCCGGUGAUGGAAAGCACUUCAGGAAUCGAGAUUGCGUUCAAGGCUUUGAUGGAGGUCUGCGAAAAGUUGCCUUUACGGAGAGAAACAGAACGUGUAUGGCUCGACAAGGCUGUUUUGGCUAUGAUGGACCAGUACGGGGAGAACCUUAACACGUAG